UUGUUACACAGGAACGAGUAGCGCCUCUCGCCCUACGCUACGCCGCCGUUGCCCGAUUAGGGCAGCCCUUAGUAUCCCAAAACCGCCGUCGUCGGAGGACGGAGACUGUCGGACGAGUCGUCGGGAGGCGUUGGUUACGCACGAAAGGAAAUCGAGACGUAGUUUGAAAGAGGUGCAUAGCCAUGGCCGCUGCUUGUGACUUUACAGCGGCAAAUUUCUUACGAGGUUCCUAUAGACAGAAUCUGGUUUUGCCUAGACAUUCUUCGAGGCAGUCGAAUAGGUUACUUUGGGGAGCAGUGCCAAAGAGGAAUCCAUCUCUAAGAAUUUCUCGUAGAGGAAGUGCAUCAGAGCCAUGGAAAGUGAGAGCAGUUGUAAGCAGUCCGGUGGGGGACAAAUCGAAGAUGGAUAGAAGUAUUGCAGAAAACGUUGUCCAUUUUUACAGGAUUCCAUUAAUUCAGGAAAGUGCGACAGCCGAGCUUCUCAAAUUGGCUCAGACCAAAGUGUCAAACCAAAUAAUUGGUUUGAAGACAGAGCAGUGCUUCAAUAUUGGGGUAAACAGCAAUCUAUCUAACGAAAAGCUUUCAGUGCUGAAGUGGCUUCUUGGGGAGACUUAUGAGCCUGAUAAUCUUGGCGCCGAGAGUUUUCUAAGUGAGGAGAUGAAAGGGAACAUCAACACUGUUCUGAUUGAAGUUGGUCCGAGGCUGUCAUUCACCACGGCAUGGUCUGCUAACGCUGUAUCAAUUUGCCAAGCUUGUGGUUUGACAGAAGUAAGCAGAUUGGAGCGAUCGAGGAGGUACUUGUUGUACGUUGCUGCUGGAAGUGCGCCAUUGUCGGAGGUUCAAGUCAAUGAGUUUGCUUCUUUGGUGCAUGACAGGAUGACUGAAUUUGUUUACAGUCAGAAGCUCAUAUCCUUCGAGACAACUUUAGUCCCUGAGGAAGUUCGUUAUAUACCGGUCAUGGAAAAGGGCCGUAAGGCACUAGAGGAGAUAAACGAAGAAAUGGGCUUAGCUUUCGACGAGCAAGAUUUGCAGUAUUACACAAAGCUUUUCAUGGAAGACAUUAAACGCAAUCCAACAAACGUUGAAUUGUUCGACAUUGCCCAGUCCAACAGUGAACACAGCCGUCACUGGUUUUUUACAGGGAAUCUUGUUAUAGACGGUCAGCCUGUGGAUAGAACUCUGAUGCAGAUUGUUAAAAGCACUCUGCAAGCGAACCCGAACAACUCAGUCAUCGGCUUCAAGGACAACUCCAGUGCGAUUAGGGGUUUUCAAGUAAAUCAGCUGCGGCCAAUCCAUCCAGGUGUAUCAUGUCCGCUAGAUCUAACUAUUCGUGACCUUGAUAUUUUAUUUACUGCCGAGACCCACAAUUUCCCUUGCGCCGUGGCUCCUUAUCCGGGUGCUGAGACAGGUGCUGGAGGCAGGAUAAGAGAUACACACGCAACUGGUCGGGGUUCGUUUGUCGUGGCAUCUACAGCCGGUUACUGUGUUGGAAAUCUUAACAUCGAAGGUUCUUUUGCUCCAUGGGAGGAUGCAUCUUUUUCUUAUCCUGCAAAUUUGGCUUCGCCGCUUCAGAUUCUCAUCGACUCCAGCAAUGGCGCAUCGGACUACGGAAACAAAUUUGGGGAGCCACUGAUACAGGGUUACACAAGAACUUUCGGGAUGAGGCUUCCAUGCGGCGAAAGGCGAGAGUGGUUGAAGCCAAUAAUGUUCAGCGGAGGUAUAGGUCAGAUCGAUCACACUCACAUAACAAAGGGAGAUCCAGAAAUUGGGAUGCUAGUAGUCAAAAUUGGCGGGCCAGCGUACCGUAUCGGAAUGGGUGGCGGUGCUGCAUCGAGCAUGGUUAGCGGCCAAAACGCUGCCGACCUUGAUUUCAACGCCGUACAGCGCGGAGACGCAGAGAUGGCGCAGAAGUUGUACCGAGUUGUUCGUGCUUGUGUCGAGAUGGGACUGAACAAUCCCAUCGUUAGCAUUCAUGAUCAGGGCGCUGGCGGAAACUGUAACGUCGUCAAGGAAAUAAUACAUCCGAAAGGUGCUACCAUCGAUAUCAGGGCAGUUGUAGUUGGCGAUCACACGAUGUCGGUUUUGGAGAUAUGGGGAGCAGAGUACCAGGAGCAAGACGCGAUUCUAGUUAAGCCUGAAUGCCGAGACCUUUUGGAAUGGAUAUGUCAAAGGGAAAGAGUCUCGAUGGCUGUCAUCGGUUCUAUUAGCGGCGAUGGACGGAUUGUUCUUGUCGAUAGUUUAUCGCCGGAAAAACCGCCUGCAGUCGAUCUUGAGCUUGAAAAGGUGCUCGGCGACAUGCCCAAGAAAACUUUUGAAUUCCACCGGAUUUCUAAUACCAGAGAGCCUCUCGACAUUGCUCCGAGUAUCUCUGUUAUGGAUUCCCUGAAACGAGUUUUGAGGCUUCCUUCGGUUGCUUCUAAACGAUUUUUGACGACUAAAGUUGAUAGGUGCGUGACGGGUCUUGUGGCGCAGCAGCAAACUGUAGGUCCGUUGCAGAUCACACUUUCCGAUGUCGCCGUAAUUGCUCAAAGUUAUACGGACAUUACGGGGGGAGCUUGUUCGAUCGGCGAGCAGCCUAUCAAAGGUCUUUUAAACCCGAAGGCUAUGGCGAGGUUAGCCGUGGGAGAAGCUUUGACGAAUCUUGUGUGGGCUCGGGUUACGUCUCUUUCUGAUGUGAAGGCUAGCGGCAAUUGGAUGUACGCCGCGAAAAUGGAUGGAGAAGGCGCGGAUAUGUACGACGCAGCUGUCGCUCUUUCAGAAGCUAUGAUCGAACUCGGCAUUGCUAUCGACGGCGGCAAAGAUAGUCUUUCGAUGGCGGCGCAUUCGUCCGGGGAAGUUGUCAAGGCUCCAGGAAAUCUGGUAAUCAGCACUUACGUCACCUGCCCGGAUAUAACAAAGACUGUGACACCUGAUUUGAAGCUUGGAGACGACGGUCUUCUUCUUCACAUUGAUUUGGCGAAAGGGAAGCGUCGUCUCGGCGGAUCUGCUCUUGCUCAAGUGUUUGAUCAGAUCGGUGACGAGUCUCCCGAUCUCGACGAUGUUCCCUAUCUUAAAAAGGUUUUCAACGCCGUACAGGAUUUGAUCGAGGAAGAACUGAUCUCAGCUGGUCACGACGUUAGCGAUGGAGGAUUGCUUAUCACUGUGCUCGAGAUGGCGUUUGCAGGGAACUGCGGCGUUAAUUUGAAUCUGAAUUCGCCCGGGGACUGUAACAUAUUCCAGACACUUUUCGCCGAGGAACUCGGCGUCGUUCUUGAAGUCGGAAAACAGAAUCUUGAUUUGGUGAUGGGGAAGCUUUCGGCUGCCGGAGUAUCUGCGGAUUUGAUCGGGGAAGUAGCUACUGAACCCAAAGUAACACUCGUAGUCGACGGCGUCAGCCAUUUAGUCGAAGAAACGGCGCAAUUACGAGACAUGUGGGAGGAAACCAGCUUUCACCUCGAAAAAUUUCAGAGGUUAGCGUCAUGCGUCGAGCAAGAGAGGGAAGGUUUGAGAAGUCGCCGCGAGCCUUCUUGGGAGCUUUCCUACACGCCAACGUAUACGGAUGAGAAAUAUUUGUCCGCGACUUCGAAACCAAGGGUUGCGAUAAUUCGCGAGGAAGGCAGCAACGGCGAUCGAGAAAUGUCUGCUGCUUUCCACGCCGCAGGUUUCGAGCCGUGGGACGUGACCAUGUCUGAUAUGCUCGACGGUACCGUCUCACUCCACAAUUUUAGGGGGAUCGCCUUUGUCGGAGGAUUCAGCUACGCAGAUGUGCUCGAUUCUGCGAAAGGGUGGGCAGCGUCGAUAAGAUUCAACAAGCCUUUGUUGAAUCAAUUUCAAGAAUUUUACGAUCGAACAGAUACUUUCAGUUUAGGGGUUUGCAAUGGCUGUCAGCUCAUGGCUCUUUUAGGUUGGGUCCCCGGACCCGAAACCGGGGGAGUUCUUGGCGAGAAGGGAGAUCAAUCGCAGCCGAGAUUCAUCCACAACGAAUCCGGAAGAUUCGAGUGUCGUUUCACGAGCGUGAAAAUCGACAAGUCGCCGGCGCUGAUGUUCAAAGGAAUGGAAGGGAGUUCGAUGGGGGUGUGGGCUGCACACGGCGAGGGAAGAGCUUACUUCCCCGAUAACGACGUCUUCGACAGCGUCGUAAAAUCGAAUUUGGUCCCUGUUCGAUACUGCGACGAUGACGGUAACCCCACGGAAGUCUAUCCCUUCAACGUGAACGGAUCUCCUUUAGGCGUGGCAGCGAUUUGCUCGCCGGACGGGAGGCAUCUCGCGAUGAUGCCUCAUCCCGAACGUUGCUUCUUGAUGUGGCAGUACCCGUGGUAUCCAAAGAAUUGGAAUGUCGACAAGAAUGGCCCGAGUCCCUGGCUUCGUAUGUUCCAAAAUGCUCGGGAAUGGUGCUCGUGAGAUUCGACGACAUUUUACAUAGGCACGACCGUGGUGUGUUAUUUAAGGCUUCUUAUAUCGCAACGAGGUAAAUUACGCUACGGUCUCUUUAAUUUAUGAAAUGUGCAAUUGUUAGUUAUCGUUCGAUAGAUCAUAAAGUUUAUGUUUUGAGAUGCAUCGGUUUUUGACUUAAAUAAGAUACUUUCGUCGUUUUUGUGGAAUCGAAUUUGGUUCUUCGGUAUGUUAAAAGCUCGAUCUUUUAUUUGUA